UCUUUGCUAAGAAGCUGUAACGGAUUCAUUGGAGAGUUUGAUUUGGAAAAAAGUUCUGCGACUGAAAAGAUAUGACAAAUAUCUCCCAGAAAGACAGAAAAACUAUUUUAAAACAUUAUGCAUAACACGUUACAAAAUAUUUAUAAAUGAACAGACUAACUAUUAACGGAAAGAGCUCGAGAGUUAUCACUGUAUACAGAAAGUCUUUGUGGAGGAGUUUCUAAUGGAAAUUGGUUUUCAUUAACGAAUAUAUAACGAAACCCUUGUGAAAUCAAUCCUCUCACUUCUUAUUCGAAUUCGAGGCGAUACACCAUUUUUCAAACUUCCCAUCCAAUAGCUCUCUAAUGAACCAUGCCCACGUUAAAGAAAGGUAUUAAGCAGUGUUCUUUUACUUAAUUUUAAAGUGAAAGGUGUCAUUAUUCCAGAUUUCUUCAGGAUAUCAUUACUCUCAAAGAAACUUCCAGUUCAUAAAGAAGAGUUAUUUCACAUUUGUGUACAAUGAUAGACUCUAAUGAAAAAAGACCCCACCAAGUCAUAGACUUUAAAGUUAAAAGCACCCAGAUUAAUUUACAAAAUCAUAUGAAUGUGUCUAAUGGGACUGCUCUAACCCGCACGAACGCAAGUGUCAAGAAAGAAGUGGAAGAAACUAUGGAUCAGUUAAACCCAAAAAAUUUGAAUAUCACAUGGAAUAUAUACAAAAAUUUCAAGAUAUGUAUAUAUAAACCUCUCAUACCCUUGAAGCUAGCUUUGUUGCUUUGGUUUGGAGCUGGAGCAGUUCCUGCACCAUUCCUUGCUGUAUACUUUAAGCAGCGUGGACUUGCUCUAUCGGAAUUAUCAACAAUGUACAUGAUAGCUCCUAUAGUUCAGUUUAUAGGAACAACUUUAUCUGGAGUAAUAGCGGAUAAAAUAGGCAAAUCUAAACCAGUUCUUAUAGGCAACAUUAUUUUGGCAAUACUCUCUUCCGCUAGUAUAAUUUUGGUACCAAGAAUGAGCACUGAGAGUUGUGAACCAUAUUCACUGGACUGCGAUCAACUAACGCUUCGAAGACUAAUUGCAGGAACUCAGUCUGAAAUUAGAGAGGAUGUUAUCGAAGUAAAUUCUUGUAAGAUUAUAUGCCUCGAAAAUGGUACACAAUUGCACAGUGGAGAUUUGACUAUAUGUAAGAACAUAGAAGAAGAACAAAAAUUUGUGAACUUGUCUGUAUCAUUUAAUUUUAAUAGCACUUCUAAAAUAAAAAAUGAAACUUUUUACCAUAUCCUUCCUCUAAUGCAUAGAAAUACAACUUAUUCUUGGUGCCAUGAAUCACAAAAAGACCACUAUACUAUAGUUUGCACAUUUUUAUCCGAUGAAAUGUGUGAAUGGGAAAAAGGAUACAGAUGGAAGCUUUUGGUUACGAAUGUCAUGCUGUUUGUUGUUUAUCUAACCGCCUACACCAACUGCUACCGUAUUCUAGAUGUUGCUGCAAUGUCUUUAGUAAAGGAACAUAACUCUGAUUUCGGCCGAGAACGUUUCUUUUCUCUCCUAGGUAUCUUAAUAUUUUCUUCCAUUGCCGGUUACCUAGUUGACGCAUGUACAGCCCCAGGAAAAGAAAAAAAUUACGCGUCUGCUCUGUACUUUCACAUAGGAUUGCUGCUGGUAUCUUUAAUCAUUAUCUGUACACUAAAAGUCAAAAUUGAACCUCCGUCAAAAAAUAUGUGGAGAAAGUCGUUUUAUCUGAUUCAAAAUGCUGAUGUUAUUUCUUUCAUUUUAGUUCUUUUUGUUCUUGGUGCCACAUGGAAUUUUACAAAGAACUUUACGAAUUGGUUUCUCAUAGAACUAAACGCACCUGGGUCUUUGCUAGGAUUAAUACCAGCUGCAAGUAGUUUGUAUGGAUUGCCAUUUUUAUUGACUAGCAAAUGGUGGGUAAAGAAAAUAGGGUCUUCUAAUCUGUUUAUAUCAGCUCUUUUAGCAUAUGCUGUAAGUGCAGUUGGAUAUUCAUUACUAUACAACCCAUGGCUUGCCCUUCUCUUAGAAAUUACUACAGUAUUAAGUUACCAUUUGUUAUGGGUAGCUGUAGUCAUUCACAGCCAUGAUAUUGCACCUGAAGGUCUUACAGCAACUGUUAUUUCUACAGCAGGAGCUAUUCAUUACAGCAUAGGAAAAUUUACAGGCAGUCUGAUUGGUGGACUGAUAAUGGAUGCUUAUGGAGGAAGAACAGCAUUUAGAGUUAUCGCUAUUAUUUGCCUGGUUGCUGCAGUUAUGUAUGGACUUUAUGUGUACAUAAGCCGCUCUUGUUUCACAACGAAACAGGAUUUUAACAGCAAAGAUGCAGCUGGAAGUACUGGAUGCAAAGAUGUAUCGAAAGAGAUAUAUACACCAAGGAACAGAAGCUAGAGCAAAAAGAAAUUCAGGCUUUCAGAACUAAUGAAGUACAAAAUUAUUUAGCGGUUUUGAUUGCUUAUGCUUGCUGCUUAUUGCUAUUAUUAUUUUGUUUUAAAAAGAAAGUCUUUAAAAAUGUCGCAUGCUAUGCAUAAUAUAUUCUAUUAUCUUUCUUUUGGAAGAAAUAAAAAAUCAAUAUAUUCAUCAUA